AUGCCCCCUCCUGUCGGCAGAUACGGGCCCUCAGGCCUAAGCGCUCCCUACGCCCAACAACUCCAACAAGCCCACCUCCAGCACCAGCAACAGCAACAACAACAGCAACAAUCUCAACACCACCCCACAGCAGCCCACGCCCAAUCCACCAACUCCGCUCUUCCCCCUCCCUCCCUAGGCGGCCACCCGGGCUUCGCCGCGGCAAACCCAAACACCAACAUCAACCCGUUCACGCUGUCCGGCGCAGCGGGGAUCACAAACGGCAUGUCUGUCGCUGGAUUUGCGGGCGCAGCGGCGGCGGCUGCAGGCGCUGGUGGUGCUGGUGGUGAUGGCGGCGGGACUGGGUUGGCGAGUCAUGCGGCGCAGAUGGGGUUUGCGAGAGGGGCGCAGAUGCAGCAGCAGCAAUUACAUCAGGGGCAUGAUGGGCGGUUGGCGUUGGAGAGUAAGGCCGGGGCGGCGGUCAAAACGCGGAUACGGGAUGUGUGGAAGCAUAACUUGGCACAGGAGAUGGCGGUCCUGAGGCAUUUGGUCGAGAAGUAUCCGUACAUUAGUAUGGAUACUGAAUUCCCCGGAAUCGUCGCUCGUCCUAUCGGUGCCUUUACGAACAAAGCGGACUACCAUUACCAGACCCUUCGGUGUAACGUUGAUUUGUUGAAGAUGAUCCAGCUUGGUAUUACGCUUUUCUCCCCGGAGGGUGAGGUUCCUCCGCCGAACGCGACAGACUCCAAUGGACAGCCGUACGGGAACAGCUUGGUGCCCGCUCCGUGCACGUGGCAAUUCAACUUCAAGUUCUCGUUGGAAGAUGAUAUGUACGCGCAGGAGUCGACGGCCAUGCUCGCCAAGGCUGGUAUCGACUUUGCCACACAUGACAAGAACGGAAUUGAUCCUUUCGAGUUUGGAGCAUUACUGAUCAGCUCGGGUCUGGUCUUGUUGGAUGACGCCCACUGGAUCUCUUUCCAUUCUGGUUACGACUUUGGUUACCUGAUGAAGAUUAUGCUUUGCAAUCCCCUUCCGGAUAAGGAAGAGGACUUCCACAAACUCCUUAAUAUCUUCUUCCCGUCGUUGUACGAUAUUAAAUACCUGAUGAAGCACGCCGGUCGCAAUCAAGCCGUGAAUGACACGCCUUUAACACCCACUGCCGCACAGAUCCUCACCAACCUCGGCCAGAAGUCCGGUCUUCAAGAUAUUGCCGAUGAAUUGGGAGUUAAGCGGGUUGGCAUCGCCCAUCAGGCUGGGUCGGAUUCUCUCGUCACCGGAGAAAUUUACUGGAAGAUGCGCCAGAUUGUCUUCAACGGCAGCAUUGACGAGAACAAGUACUCGGGGCAGAUCUGGGGUUUGAACGGCCAGAUGCCUGCGUUUACAUACCACAUGGGACCUCACCAUACCCCCAACCUAAACGGAGCUACCAUCUACACAGCCACCGGGACGCCUAGCACACCUAAUGCGCACACUCCUCAGCACCAUAGUCUCGGUAUGAGUGCCCUGACUCCUGGGGGUGGACUUAUGGGGGCUUUCCAGGCAGCCAAGUCGUAG